AUGGUUCGCUUCGGAUGCAUGCUUCCACCCUCUAAUGAGGACAGUCCAUCCUCUAUUGAGAACGGUCCAUCCUCUAAUGAGAACAGUCCACACUCUAAUGGGAACAGUCCACACUCUAAUGAGGACAGUCCAUCCUCUAAUGAGAACAGCCCACCCUCUAAUGAGGACAGUCCACACUCUAAUGGGAACAGUCCACCCUCUAAUGAAAACAGUCCACCCUCUAAUGAGGACAGUCCAUCCUCUAUUGAGAACAGUCCAUCCUCUAAUGAGAACAGUCCACACUCUAAUGGGAACAGUCCACACUCUAAUGAAAACAGUCCACACUCUAAUGAAAACAGUCCACCCUCUAAUGAGGACAGUCCAUCCUCUAUUGAGAACAGUCCACCCUCUAAUGGGAACAGUCCACACUCUAAUGGGAACAGUCCACACUCUAAUGAAAACAGUCCACCCUCUAAUGAGGACAGUCCAUCCUCUAUUGAGAACAGUCCACCCUCUAAUGAAAACAACCCAGCCUCUAAUGAAAACAGUCCACCCUCUAAUGAAAACAGUCCACCCUCUAAUGGGAACAAACAGUCCACCCUCCCCUCUAAUGAGAACAGUCCACCCUCUAAUGAGAACAGUCCACACUCUAAUGAAAACAGUCCACACUCUAAUGAGAACAGUCCACCCUCUAAUGAAAAUCCACCCUCUAAUGAAAACAGCCCACACUCUAAUGAGAACAGUCCACCCUCUAAAAAGAACAGUCCACACUCUAAUGAAAACAGUCCACCCUCUAAUGAGAACAGUCCACCCUCUAAUGAGAACAGUCCACCUUCUAAUGAAAACAGUCCACCCUCUAAUGAAAACAGUCCACACUCUAAUGGGAACAGUCCACCCUCUAAUGAGAACGGUCCACCCUCUAAUGAGAACAGACCACACUCUAAUGAGAACAGUCCACCCUCUAAUGAAAAGUCUACACUCUAA